CUUCCUCCUCCUCCUGUUCUGGGACCAGCGCCGGGAUGCUCCACAUGCUGCUGCUCCUCAGCCUGCUGCUGGUGCUGUGUCACGGCCAGGCGUCACAGGAAGUCUCUGCGGAGGACUUUGAGGUCGAGAAGAUGGACCCAGCGACCGACGGAGACCUGGUCGGCGCUCUCGAGGUUCUGCUGGGUCGGAUCCACAGCCGUGUUUCCUCCACAGAGAAAAGAGGGAGCAUCCGACUGUGUGGGAUGAGGGACCGCUGUGCCAUGAAGUUCGGCCCUCGGAUCGGGAAGCUCUGCGACUGUGGAAGAGGAGCCAACUGCAACUCCUACCUGCUAAAAUGCAUCUGAGGAACGACUUUCUGAAGGGCCGAACAUCCUUCAGCUUCACAGCCAUGCUUCCAUUCACCGUCCAUGUCGGGCGUCAUUUAUCUGCCUUUGUGUACCGCUGUUGGCGUUGUGUAGAGCGCCGCUGCCUGAGACCAAGCAUGCGUUGUCUGCUGCAGACAGCGGCCUAAAGCAUGCACAUGUUUGCUGUCCAAUAAACUCAUACAUCA